CCAGUCUCUCGUCUUCGGUGACUGGUAUUCGUCGCUCUGAAAACAUUUCUCUUCUUCCUUUUCCAAAGAUGCCAAGCUAUAAACUACACUACUUCAAUGCCCGUGGCCGUGCCGAGCCAGCUAGACUGGCUUUUGCUGCCGCUGGAAUUGAAUACGAAGAUAAGAGAUUUGAAGGUCGCGAAGAAUGGCUGAGAGUCAAACCAGAAUUGGAUCCUCCAUUUGGCCAAGUCCCUUUGCUUGUGAUUGACGACAAGAUCAAGUUGGCACAGUCUAUGGCCAUCCUGGCUUAUGUUGCCAGGGAAGGAGGACUGGCUCCUACCAACAGCCUGGACAUCGCCAUGUGUGACAUGAUUGUUGGUGUGGAGGGUGAUCUGAACAGCAAGGGCAUGAAGUGGUUCAUGGAAAAAGAUGAGAAGAAAAAGAAAGAACUUAGAGAAGAACUUGACACAACACAUAUUCCUGCAUUUUUGGAAGCAAUGAGUAAAUUCCUUGAAAAGAACGGCACAGGAUUUUUGGUAACAGACAAGUUGACGUAUGCGGACAUCCUUGUGUUUAACGUGUGUGACAAUGCACCUGCUGAAGUCCUAAAGAAGUGCCCUAAAAUGAAGGGAUUCCAUGAACUAAUUGCCGCGAUCCCAGGGAUCAAAGCGUGGCUUGAGAAGCGUCCCAAAACUUCCAUGUAAAGACCAUCACAUCACCAACUUAAUCGUAACUGAGUACUUGUAACUCAAACAACACUUCCAUAUUUAGACACCAACUUUCCAUGACUGUCUCUACGAAAUAAAUCGUCUUUCUGAUU